GCUGUCCGCCGCGCUCUGUUGGUCGCCCAGGGGGCGGCUGAGCGCUCCCGAUUGGCCACUGUACUUUCGGUUUCCGCCCAAGGCCCGCCUCCUGCCGCCCUCCGCUAGGGUCCUCAGCUAGAUCAUGGCCCUGAGAGCGUGUGGCUUGAUCAUAUUCCGAAGACGCCACAUCCCCAAGAUGGACAACAGUGCAAUUGAGUUUCUACUGCUACAGGCAUCAAAUGGCAUUCAUCACUGGACUCCUCCCAAAGGCCAUGUGGAACCAGGAGAGAGUGACUUGGAAACAGCUUUGCGGGAGACAAAGGAAGAAGCAGGCAUAGAACCGGGCCAGCUGACCAUCAUUGAGGGGUUCAGACGGGAGCUCAAUUAUGUGGCCUGGCAGAAGCCUAAGACAGUCGUCUACUGGCUGGCGGAGGUGAAGGACGGGGACGUGGCGAUCCACCUCUCCCACGAGCACCAAGCCUACCGCUGGCUGGGGCUGGACGAGGCUUGCCAGUUGGCUCAGUUCAAGGAGAUGAAGGCAGUACUCCAAGAAGGACACCAGUUUCUCUGCUCCACAGCGGCCUGAGCUGAUCAGAACAGAGUUACCUCAGUAGGAUCCUUCAGGAACCCACCUUUAGCUCCGGGGAAGGUGUUCUAGUCUUUCGCUCCUCACAGCAAAGAGCAGAUUGGUUAGUGCGAUCAGCUGAGGACUCUGAGAGCAAACAAAAAUUGCAGCUGGUUAGAAAGGAAGGUAAAAGAAGAAAAAAAAAAAUAAAUAAAUAAAAGGCCAGGCUCAGUAAAUGCAUCCUUGUACUUUAUAAAUACACCUCAAGCAGCUCAU